ACGUGGGCAUCAUCGUUGAGGAUCAGUCAGAGAACAUAGUUUUCAUUCUUUGACGGUUCAGCAGAACGCGUGCCGCUGUUUUCCGUGACCGUGGCUAUAGGUGUUAACACCAAGAAACGGGUUUUUUUGUUGUUGUUGUAGCCGACACAAACACCAUGGAGUUGAAGAGUUGGGUGGCUUUGGCCUCCCUGGUCAGUCUUCUCUGGAGUCCUACUUUUUUCUUAUUUACAGGCGCAGGACAAAAUGGACCGUCAUGUGACAUGCAUUGUCCGAAUAAGGACAAAAAUAUUUUGGUAGUUGACGCUGGCUUCACAGGUACCCUGAAACAAUGUUGUGGAAAUGCAUCUAAAACCAUCGCAGACAUAUUUCAAACGACGUGCAGUGUUUCAUUCAACACUCCUGGUAUUCGCUUUCAGGAAGACGGCAAGGAUGUGGAAUUUUCUGUGCGGGAAGUAAAUAAAUCUCAUCUCCUGUACACGUCAAAGAAGUACGUGAAUGGAUUGUUUGUGUGUGUGAUGGUUGGACGGAAUUGCAGCGAGACACUGGACUCACUCAGGGCAAACAUUACAGCUUACAAUAAGAAAUGGCCUUCCAUCGAGUCUACGACAACCAUCUGCAGUGUCUCCUGUUUCAGCACCUCUGAACAUUGCAGGACAUCCGCAUAUGAUGAAGGGGUCUGCAAAAACGCCAAAAACCAAGAUAAGUUCCUCAUCAACGUAACAGCACCAGGGAGCGUGUGUGUCAACUGUAAUGAACCAUUCAAAGACCCUGUGGGAAAGUUGCCUCCUCCAGCGAUCUUUGACACGGGAAGUGGAGUUCACAUCGAUGGUGAAAAGGCUUCGAAGGCCAUGAAAGAUAUCGCCUCUCUGGUCAAUAUGAUGAAUGAGUCCUCAGCUUCUGUGUCGAUGGGCUCGGUCACUGGGGUCGUAGUGAAGCCCAAAGAGAAGACCGACAUCGAGGAAGUCUCCUUUGGGUACUCUUCCAACUCCAACAUUAAGAUUGUUGAAGAUCGGAAGUCUCUGGAUGGCUUCUCUAGGUCUGUAUCCAUCACAAAGGAAGCAUUUGAAAAGGCCUACAACUUAAGCAACGGCAGUGCAUUUGCCGGUGUUUUCCGAUUCCCCAACAUGUCCAAGGAUGUAAACAACAGCACAGUUCUGCAUAACGAAGUGGUAGCGAUCGAGAUGGGCUGUAUCAUUAACAAUUUAACCGACAAGAUAAAUCUUAAUUUUCUAAACGUCCAUAAGGGGGGAGCCAUUCCAUCGUGCCAGUCAUGGAACGGUGAAGGGAGUCAACCCAACUGGACAGACUAUGGCUGUUUGACCAUUGUGAUAGGGGACAACAUAACCUGCAGGUGUACACACCUGACUUUCUUUGCUGUGCUAAUGUCCCCUCCGAACCAGACUCUCUCAGACGGUGAUGUGAACUCUCUCACCUACAUCACCUAUGUGGGGUGUGGCGUGUCCAUGUUCUUCCUGGGCGUGGUUCUCUUCAUGCACUUCCUGAUAAAGAAGGCGAAGUCAAGCAAUACCACCCAGAUCCUGAUCCAGCUGUUUCUGUCCAUGUUCAUGCUCAACAUCACCUUCCUGACCAACGGGUGGGUGGCCAGUCUGCAGAGCCCACUGGGCUGCCAGGUGAUGGCUGCGGCCAUGCAUUACUCUAUGCUGGCCACCUUCACCUGGUUCGCCGUGGAGGCCUUUCACCUCUGUCAGCAGCUCUACAAGUCAGGCUCCCUCCCUAUACCGCGCUACAUCAUGAAAGUGUGUAUCGCCGGGUGGGUCCUGCCCGGCACGGUAGUGAUCAUCCUCGCCAGUCUGGGUAAAUACGGAAAACAGACCAUCUACACUGACGGAGGGAAGGAGGUGUACAUGUGCUGGAUCCUGGACAUUGACGUGCACUACAUAGUGAACAUUGGCUACUACGCGCUGGUCUUCCUCUUCACUUUCACCACCUUCAUCGUGGUUCUGAGCUGGCUGGUCCACCUUAAGAGCACCAAGAACAAGGCCCAGCAGCAGGGGACAGGCACCAAGGACAUAGUGACUGUGAUGGGGCUGUGCUGUCUGCUGGGAAUCACCUGGAGUUUUGCCUUCUUCGCCAACGGGGUCCUCAAGGUUCCCUCCUUCUACAUCUUCACCAUCCUCAACUCGUUCCAAGGUUUCUUUCUGUUCCUCUACUACUACAACACCAGUAGAAUAAUUGGGGAGACCACCAAGGACAACAGUACCAGUAGCAAAAACUCCACAAUGUCCGUCACAGUCACCACCUUGGAGAACCCUUACUUUGACCUAGGCCAACACCACCCUGGAAAACCCUUACCAAUCAAAACUAAUCCCCAAUCCUAGACAGUGGAGGCUGGUGAGAGGAGGACGGAUCAUAAUAAUGUCCAGAAUGGAGAAAAUAUGUGUUUUGAUACCAUAAAAAAAAAAAUAUAUAUAUAUAUUUGUUCCAGCUGUAAAUAUGAGCCCGUACUCUGAUGUAAAGUACCACCAGCUGACACUGGAAGUCUGAGAGAAAUUAUACUCUUAACAGAAUUAUAGUUCUCAGAGUAAAACAAUCUCUGAGCGUAUGGACAUUUUGCAGCUUUUAACUUGUAUUGUAGAAUAGACCAAGGUGACUGUACCCCACAUGUCCUGGUAAUCCAUAGAUUUUUACUGACUUUUCCCCCAGAAUUUGGUAAAUAUUUAUAUAUUUUUAACAAUGUGUUUUAAAAAGAGAUGAAUCAGAAUUUUUUUGCUUUCUUAAAUCUAAAUAAAUCUGUGAACUAUGAUUAUUGCAUGGAGCUUAAAUAAAAUGAAAUGUAUGCGUUUGCAUUUAGUAUG